AUGAUUGCCUCAUUGCAUCAUCAACACACGGAAGUGAGCAUUCUUAAUGGUGCUUCCACCGUUACGUCCUUCGAAAACUAUUCAUUAGAAGAAGGCAACAAACAAACAAUUCCCAUCUCUAAUUGGUUUCAUGCGUUGUGGUUGUUGUUGAGAAGAGAAGUGCGAAUGUUUCAUUUACAUUGCAAGAAUGACUAUAAUAUAACGAUCAUUCCUUCGGUUGCAUUUGCAUUGUCGUGUGGAGUGAGCCAUUUGAUUUCAAUGUGUUUAAUGAAUCCUGGCGUUGGCUCCUUGUCAGACCCCUUACCAAAUAUAGCAAUGAGCUUUUUCUCUCUGAUUGGGUUUCUUAUUUUUGCCGUGUUCUUUGUUUAUCCAUUUACCAUGUCCAACCAAAUCGAUGGAAUAGAAGAAGACCGCCUCAAUGGUAAAACGUACCGACCUCUCGUCUCUGGAGAAACCACUUUGGAAGAAACCAAACUCCGAUGGGUCAUUUCUUGUGGCAUUUACUUGACCAUGAGCAUGUAUUACCAAAUAUUCUGGUACGGUGUGGUAUGGACGCUGGCUUAUUUCCUUCACAAUAAUUGUGGAUUUGCCAAGAAUUGGUUUUUCAAGAAUUUGUCCAAUACCAUUGGAGUGGUUUGUAUGAUCAUUCCGUAUUGGCAUAUUUUGAAUGGAUUUCAUGAACAGGAUCGUACUGUGAAGGGGAUGGUCAUGAUCGUUGCAGUGACAUUUUUAAUGACCAUUGAUGCUCAGGACUUUCGAGAUGUUGAAGGUGACACCAUGGCAGGUCGAGUGACAGUUCCAAUUUUGUUUGGUUCCUACUCGAGAGUUUUCUUUUUAGUGAAAAGUAUCGUUGCUGGACUGUUUUAUUAUGUGGCCAUGAUGAAAAUGUGUCAAUGGUAUUCGGUGAGAAUGGAGAAUGAAUGGAUUUUUCGAAUGUUUUGCUUGUGGACUCCCAUUCAAUUUUUGGGAAUGUCGAUUGGUUUUAUGAUGAAUGGAAAUUUGACAGGUGACUGCGAGAAGAAGAGAUAUUACGAUGAUCGUAUUUACAAAGUCUUGUUUACCACCUGGUAUGGAAUUCAAUUGUUAGGUCUUCCUAUCAUGCAAGCGUUAGUAUUUAAAUAA